UCUUAUUUUAAUUCAAAUCGAACAGCAUGAAGUUCUUUACAGCUGUGCUGCUUUUGGUGUGCCUAAUUGUUGCGUGUACUGCUCAACGCGGUGGAGGCGGAGGUGGCGGCGGUGGUCCGUAUGGAGGAGGUGGUGGCGGCCCCUAUGGUGGCGGCGGUGGGCCUUACGGAGGUGGCGGCGGUGGUCCUUAUGGUGGUGGAGGUGGCCCAUACGGUGGAGGCGGUGGUGGACCAUAUGGUGGUGGUGGCGGCGGAGGUUACAAGCGUUAAAUACUCUUAAGUGGAAAUGGAUGAUCAAACUUUUGUUAUACUGAAUAAAAAAUACGAAAUACCUUAA